GCCGUUCGUGCCGGUGGCCAUAUGACCUGGGCCAAUGCUUCCAAUAUCUACGAUGGCGUAACGAUUAACCUCGUACUAAUGGUCGAUAUCGAGUACUCCUCCUUAACUACAUAUGUUAGCAUCGGUGCCGGCGCGCUCUGGCGCGAUGUCUACGUAGCACUCGAGCCCUACGGUGUUACCGCACUGGGCGGCCGCACCUCAACAGUGGGAGUCGUAGGUUUCGUCCUUAGCGGCGGUAAUAACUUCCUCAGCUCCAAGGUCGGCCUGGGGUACGAUAAUGUUGUUAACUUUAAAGUCGUCCUCGCUAACGGACGUAUUAUUAACGCGAAUAGAGAUAAGUAUGCGGACCUAUAUAAGGCCCUUAAGGGCGGCUCUAGCAACUUCGGUAUUAUUACCCGUAUCGAUAUAUAG